AUGUCCACGUGUUUUAUGUGCUGGGAUGGACUGCUGCGAAAGCCGCGCGGUGCAACUCCCCAGAAGCACCCACAGCUGGGGGAACAGGAGGAAGCCAUGAAAGCGGCACUUGCGUUUGUGACAGAAGGCUCGGCUUUAGCUUCGCUUCUGAAUUCCAAUGACAUGAGCUUGGUUCAUUUUGAGUUGUGGCCUGAAAAUCAUCCUGACGUGCCUGGGCGUCUUUUCAACAACAAUGCCAUUUUCAUAGUCACGGCAAGGGCGCAUGGGACUGCUGAUGUGACAAAUGUGGAAUUGGUGCUUCGGAUCCUGAAUUGCCAUGCAUGGCGAAAGGGUCGCAACGGCCAAAGUGAAGUUGCCACCCUGAAAUUGUUGGAAGCACAUGCAAUGCCUUGUACACCACGUGUCAUUGACUUCGCUGUAGAUGCAGCAACCUCACCUUUGAAAUGUGAGUUUAUUUUGAUGGAAAAGUUGCCUGGAAUUCAACUUAGAAAGAUUUGGGCAGACUUGAGCAUUUCCGAGCGUGCAGCUUAUUUGCAGCAACUGAAAGACUGGCUGACCAAGCUGCAUGAGAUCCCUCGUCCACAAGGUGCUGGCGGCCCUUUGGCAUCUUUUCGCUUGGUGGAUGGCAAAGUUGUUGCAGAUCAACCCAUAGUCCUGGUAGACGGCCCUUCUUUGCCACAAGAGUCCCGCAAUGGCUUUUGCGAUUAUGCAACGGCCAUCAUCGAGGAUGCCUGCUGCCGGAUGCCAAUGUCUGAUUUACGAGUCCGACUGAAAGAAUUGGUUAAAGUUGACUUACAGGAGUAUGCAAGAAAGCACGAAUAUUAUGGCGUAGCACCAGAAUAUUUGCGGCUUUGCCACAACGACCUGAAUCUCAGUAAUAUCCUUUGCGAUCCUCAAUUGAGAGUCAUCACUGGCGUUGUGGAUUGGGAAGGUGCUUCGUGGGGUUUCACAGAUCAAGAUGCCCUCGAAUUCCAAGAGCACUGCGAAGGAAAUGAAGAGAUUUUGCAUUAUUUUCCCACGGCCCCUGGUGAGACAGAGCGGAGGAAUUUCUUGGUUUUGCUGCGUGACGUGCCAGGUCUCCAUUUCUUCAAUGCUACAUGGUAUGGGGCCAUUGCUGACGCAUCUCAACGCCAAGCAGCAUCCAUCGAGGAGGGGAAAUCUGCAGAACAUGCUGUGUGGCAAUGGUUUGAGAGAAAAGGAAAAAGUGAGUUGACAUUCCAACAACAUCCUGUUUUGUGCAGUUAA